UUUCAAGUCUCCGAAAAAACCAAGGCCGAGCGAGAAGCAGAAGAAAAUUAGAGUCUGAAAAAAGAGUUUCCGUUAUCCAUUCUCUCUCUCUCUCUCAAAAAAAUUCUUCUUGAGAUAUUUUCGAUCGAAAAUUAGGGUUUUGCACAAAUAUCUCUCUUGCUCGAUAUCGAAAAUCGACAGUCAUGGUUACUGAUUCGAUGACCAACGCUUCGAUUCCCAUGGCGGUCAAGGAUUUCGCCAAGAAAAAGAGGGCAAACAGGUCUGCUAAAUUGAAGCAGUGCAAGCUCGAUGCUCGUCGCGAGCAGUGGCUUUCCCAAGUGAAGAACAAGGGAUGUAAGGAAGAAACGGUUCAUGAGCGCGAUGGGAGUGACCGAUCAAUGGAGAAUUUGGAAAUAAAGCCGAGAGGCAAAACGAAUGAGGGUUCGAUCCACCACCAUUUCAGUGAUUUGGAUUCGCCUUCGAACAGUCCCAGUAGUGUCUCGGGCAGUAACUUGUCUGGGACGAAUUUUACUGGUAGUAGCGGAAGCAGUAGUAGCAGUAGCAGUGGUGGGAGUUGUUCCGGAAGCAUCACCGGAGAAGAUGAAGAAGGCGGCUUGGAUGAUUGGGAGGCUGUUGCUGAUGCUUUGGCGGCCGAUGAUGACAAGCAGGAGCAGGAGCAGCACAACCCUAGUUUAGAGCCACUUGUAGAGAAUGAAAGUAUUGGCCCGUUAGAUUCUCCCAAUUUGGCUCCAGAAAUUGAGGAGGUAUCAGAGGCAAAGCCGGAACAUGUGGAAAAGGCAAAGAGGGUUCCACCGAAUUGCCGCGCGUGGAAGCCUGAUGAUGCGUUUCGUCCACAGAGUCUGCCCAAUCUGUCGAAGCAGCUCAGUUUUCCUAUGAAUUCAGGCAGGCGUUAUGGUUGCGGAGGCGGUGCGUGGGGCUGUAAGAGUGUCAUUUCUGCGCCAUCAUCAUGUCCCAUAUGUUGUGAAGAUUUGGAUAUUACAGACUCGAGUUUUCAACCUUGUUUGUGUGGGUUCAGGCUCUGCCUUUUCUGCCACAAGAGAAUUCUUGAGGAUGAUGGUCGCUGUCCGGGUUGCAGGAAGCAGUAUGACUAUGAACCCAUCAAGGGGGAGGCAACUUUAGAUGGAGGCAGUGUGAAAUUCCGGUUGGCUCGUUCUUGUAGCAUGAUCACAAGGUCUUAGGAAGAGUCUCUGUUUGCCUCAAUAUAUAUGUUGGGUCUCUCUUUUUUUCACAUGUCUUGCGUGUUUUCUUAUCAUUAGACUGAUUUUCCUAGUUGUAGAUGUGGAUUUGGUUUUGAAGCACCCGGGAAUUAGGCUGGUUCUCGUAUGAGUUUGGUCAUAUAUCUGGUGCGUAUGUUCUGAUGUAGAAGACCUUGUUGGUAUGUGAAUGAAUAAGUGGUAUAGAAAUUGAAUACAUUGAAUUUGAUUUGAAUGCAUCUUUGUUCUUCA